GAAUAUAUCAUUCGCGUACAAAGAGGAAUUUCUGUAGAAAACAGCUGGCAGAUCGUGAGGAGAUACAGUGACUUCGACUUGCUCAACAGCAGUUUGCAGAUUACAGGCCUAAGUCUACCUCUUCCUCCCAAAAAAUUGAUUGGUAACAUGGAUCGUGAAUUCAUAGCUGAGAGACAGAAAGGUCUUCAAAACUAUCUCAACGUUAUCACCACAAAUCAUAUUUUGUCUAAUUGUGAGCUGGUCAAGAAGUUUUUAGAUCCAAACAACUAUUCUGCAAACUACACUGAGAUCGCCUUACAACAACUUCCGAUCAGAACCAAAGUGGGAGGUGGUAGAGCCAUUAAAAGACAUAGGUUGGAGGAUAAGGAAGAAAUAUUUCUUGAUGAAGAUUAAAAAUCAGCCAAAGGAACGGCUAGUGUUGAGCUGGGCUGACCUUGGCCCAGACAAGUACUUGGCAGAUAAAGAUUUUCAGAGUCUAAUCAAACUUCUGCCUUCCUGUUUGCACCCUUACAUCUACCGGGUUACCUUUGCCACAGCUAAUGAAUCCUCAGCAUUGCUAAUUAGGACGUUCAAUGAAAAAGGGACUUUGAAGGAUCUGAUCUACAAGGCAAAACCAAAAGACCCAUUUCUAAAGAAAUACUGCAACCCUAAGAAGAUCCAGGGCCUCGAACUCCAACAAAUAAAAACGUACGGACGGCAAAUAUUAGAGGUACUGAAGUUUCUGCACGACAAGGGCUUCCCUUACGGGCAUCUCCAUGCCUGCAACGUGAUGCUCGACGGGGACACGUGCCGGCUGCUAGACCUCGAGAAUUCCUUGUUGGGCCUGCCUGCCUUCUACCGGUCUUACUUCUCACAAUUCAGGAAAAUCAAUACGUUGGAAAGUGUGGACGUCCACUGCUUUGGCCACUUACUGUAUGAAAUGACGUACGGACGACCGCCAGACUCGGUGCCUGUGGACUCCUUCCCUCCUGCGCCAUCCAUGGCUGUGGUGGCCGUGUUGGAGUCUACGCUGUCUUGUGACGCCUGUAAAAAUGGCAUGCCUACCGUCUCCCGGCUCUUACAGAUGCCAUUAUUCAGUGAUGUUUUACUAACCACUUCUGAAAAGCCACAGUUUAAGAUCCCCACAAAAUUAAAAGAGGCAUUGAGAAUUGCCAAAGAAUGUAUAGAAAAGAGACUCGUUGAAGAACAGAAACAGAUUCACCAGCAUCGAAGACUCACAAGGGCUCAGUCACACCAUGGAUCUGAGGAAGAAAGAAAAAAGAGAAAGAUCUUAGCUCGAAAGAAGUCGAAGCGCUCUGCUAUUGAAAACAGUGAAGAGCAUUCAUCCAAGUUCAGCAACUCCAAUAAUUCAGCAGGGUCUGGGGCCAGCUCACCUCUCACGUCUCCAUCGUCGCCGACUCCACCCUCUACAGCAGGGAUAUCUGCAUUACCUCCGCCUCCACCUCCGCCUCCACCACCAGCAGCCCCCUUGCCUCCUGCCAGCACCGAGGCGCCCACACAGCCCUCACUCCAGGCUGUGAAUGGUGUGAGCCGAGGGGCCUUGCUCAGCUCCAUCCAGAAUUUCCAGAAAGGAACUUUGAGGAAAGCCGAAACCUGUGACCACAGUGCUCCUAAGAUCGGCUGAAGCUUCCUGUUUACACUCGGAGGGAAAAGUUCUUUUCAUUUUUCCCUCCCACCCCCAACGUACCCUCUUCCGGGAUGAGGGGUGGCUGAGCCAGUACAGCCGCACACUAGCUCCUGCAGAUGCUCCGGUAAGAGGCUUUUCUAGAGGGAAACAGUCUGGAGGGGACGGAGGGGGGCUGCUGCUCCUGCCUUAAGAAAUCCUGUGCUCCUUUACUUCCACUGUAAGGAGUCUUGUCCAUCGGCUAGUGGGCAUCUUUCUGGGCAGCAGCGGGGUGGAAAUCAAUAUCUUCACCAACUAAAGGAAAGGGACAGAACAACGCCAUGACGACACUCAGUCUCAGCAGCGAAUGGCUUUUGUGUUGCAGUCCCUCCCGCCCCUCCAGACAGCUCCUGGAAAUGUUCCUCUCCUCGUUCAUUUUCCGGUUAUUUCUUAGAAGAUUACGCCCAUUUUGUACCCUCUUUCAUCUGAGAUGUUAGCACUGCAGCCCAGGCGUGGUUCUGUGGCUGAGUCAGAGAAGCGGCUGAGUUCAUUUCCUCCCACAGAGGGGGAAGUCCUUCAAGUUCUCCUGGGAAUACGAUUGUCAUAGAACUCAACGCUGGCAACGCAACUGCUCUAGACUCAUAGUCCUUUCUAGUUAGGAUGUAUUGAAACAGACAAAAAUGUCAAUUCAGAAAAAGCUCUCGCCAGUUAGAGGAUCUUCUUAAUCCUCAGCAAUUAAGUCAAGUUUGGGGGUUGGGGGAGGGGGUCAUUACUACGGCAAGUUAAAUUUGACAUCUAUAGAAAUAGAUUCUGAUUUUUUAAAGAUUUAUCCAAAUGUAUUAUCUUUUUAAAUAUUACUCAUUUAUUAGAUCCUUUAUCCUAUGAUUUACUUAAACCUUUAAAUAUUAAAUUGCACUUUAAAGGAUUAUAAGUAAUCCAUUUAAAAAUUCAAGUACACACAUCAGUGUUGGUUACUAUGCAGAGAGAAUGUCAUUGCAUAUAGUUUCAUGUAAUCUGUGAUAAAUGUUCAGCUGUAUUUUUUAUUAAAAUAAAACCAUGUCAAGAAAA